AUGGCGCUGUCCAAAAGCACCCGAAUCAUCAUCCUGCUCGUCAUCGACUCCGCCUUCUUCCUCCUCGAACUCAUCUCCGGCUAUGCCGUCCACUCGCUCGCCCUCGUCGCCGAUUCCUUCCACAUGCUCAACGAUGUCCUCUCCCUGCUCGUGGGACUCUGGGCCGUCAAGAUGGCAAACAAGUCCUCCGCGCCCAAGAUGUACACGUACGGAUACCAGCGCGCCGAGACGCUGGGAGCGCUCGUGAAUGGCGUGUUCCUGGUGGCGCUCUGUGUGACGAUUUUCCUGGACGCGAUUCAGAGGUUUGUGGAGCCGCAGGUGGUCAGUAAUCCGCAGUUGGUGCUGGUCGUGGGGUGUCUGGGACUCCUAUCGAAUGUGGUGGGGUUGGCGCUUUUUCAUGACCAUUCGCAUGGUGGGCAUGGGCAUAGUCAUGGGGGUCAUGAGCAUGGAGAUGAGGCGAGUGCUGCCGAAGAGGGACAUGCGGGACAUGCGGGACAUGUGCAUGAGCCGUAUAGGGACGAGCCGCAUCGUCAUUCGCAUGGCCAGGAGGGUCAUGCGAUUGAGCACUCGGAUACACAGACUAGUGGGUCUACGGCUAUUGCGGAGGACUCUGCUGCGAAGACGGCUGCUCCUCCCAGCAAGCGUAGACAUAGCCGUUCGACUUCGCGCGCGGCUUUGAACCCGGAGGAGUACGCGGGGCCGGCUGCGUUCAGGAAUUCCAUUAUCGCUGCAAGCCGCAUGGAUCCAUUGGAGUCGGAGGAGGAAACGACGACGGUCGAGCCCCCAACGGACAACACGUUUGAACCACUUCUUGGGGGAACGGGGACAACGAUUGCUUAUGGAGCAACACAGCCGACUGCUAAUGGCAAGUUCGACCACAAGGCUCACAAGCACUCGCAACCCAAGGAGGCUAGCAAAGGCGGCCAUGCAGGCCACAACCAUGGCGAUCUCAACAUGAAGGGCAUCUUCCUCCACGUCAUGGGAGAUGCUCUGGGCAAUAUCGGUGUCAUUGCCACUGCGCUCAUCAUCUGGCUCACCGAUUUCGAGGGCAGAUACUACUUUGAUCCGGCCAUCUCGCUUGUCAUCACCAUCAUUAUCCUCUGCUCCGCCAUUCCACUCUGCAAAGCCGCAUCUCGAAUCCUCCUCCAAGCUGUUCCCCACGGCAUCGAAGUAGACGAUAUCCGAGACGACAUCGAGGAUCUACCUGGCGUCGACAGCUGCCAUCACCUCCACGUCUGGCAACUGAGCGACACCAAACUCGUCGCGUCUCUCCACAUCCGCGUCACUUUCAACUUCAAGGGCGAAGGCUCACAACGGUAUAUGCAGCUUGCAUCGGCCAUCCGCGAUUGUCUGCACGACUAUGGCAUUCACUCGUCGACGAUUCAGCCCGAAUUCCACCGUCAGGAAUCGGAUAUCGACGACCAGUCGAGCCCCGGCGGGAAUGACGGCACCCAUGAUAACCCCUCCCGCUCUGCAUCCGUGAGAGGCGACACGCGCUGUUUGCUGGAGUGUGAUGAUAAUUGCGGGGGUGGGAAGAGCUGUUGUCCGCCUGCCCAGCAGCCGAAGGGAGGCGAUGGACAUGGACAUGGCAACGAGGGACAUGAGCAUUCUCAUUAG